AUGCGUCCUUGUUUUCCUCUUUGGAGCAAAAGUAACACAAAAAACAAACACCUCCUCGAUUCUUCUUUUGAUGAUAUUGCUUUCAUCAUCAUUCCAUAUUUAAAUCAAAAUGAGAUCAUCAGAUUUGCUGGUGUUUGUUCAUCAUGGAGAAGAAUUGUCAUUUCUUCUUCCGAGAGUAAAUUCUCCAAUAUUUUGUAUUCUAGAAAGAGUUUCAAGGAAAUACCAAUGGAAACAAAACUCAAAAAUGAUAAUCAACAAGUUUUAUCAAUGUUUUCACAUUUUGAAUUCUCUAAAUGUCAUUUAACUUUAUCUCAAUUCAAAACAAUAUUCACAUCUCCCAAACUAUCAUCAUUAACUCUAUCAUAUACAAAUUUUACUCUUUUUCCUUCUGACACACUUUCAUUUUUGUCAAUUCAUCGUAUAAAUCUCUCUCUUGACACUAUUGAACAUUUUGUAGAAUUGAAGAAUUUGAAGAAACUACAUUUAUCAUUCACAAAUAUUGAUUGUGAUUGCAUUGAUUUUAUUGUUAAUGGUCCAUUAAAAUUAGAAAGUCUUUCCAUUGUAGACAACGUAAUACCUCUGAGAGGUUUCAGUAUUGUAUUCAAUCCUCAUGUUGAAUCAUCACUGAAUAGUCUUAAAAUUUCGAUAGCUCAAAGUAAUGGCGAAGUUCUUGGUUGUAAUAUCGACACGAUCAAAUUUCCUCAUUUAAGAUCAUUGGAGAUUUGUGCAAUACUUCAUCGUUCAGUGAUUGAUAAAAUAUUCAAUCAUGGACUUCAAUUAACCUUGCUGAGAAUAUGGAAUAUCGGUGGAAGGUAUCAGUUUGAUUUUUCACAUGCUCAUCAAAUACCCUCUCUCAGGUUAUUUCAUUAUAACAACACCAUCAACGUGGAUACUAUUCAACAAAUACUCAAUACAGACAUUGAAUAUGUAAAAAUUUCCUAUCUUGAUACAAUAUCAUCAUUGAGUUUAUCUCAACUACUUUCUGACCAAUUCAUUAGUUUGACAUCAUUGAAUCUUUUUGGCAGCCCAAUGAUGACAGAUUGUGGAAAAUAUAUAUUCAAUUUAAAACACUUGACACAACUGGACCUUAGUAGCUGUAAAAUACAACCUGAGAUCUGUAAAUAUAUUUUCCACAUGAAGAGUCUGACAUACAUUGAUCUAUCAUCUUGUGAAAUUGGAGAUGAAGGAUUGAAAUAUUUAUCAAAUCAUAACUUGGACAACAUUCAAACACUAAUGCUAGAUUCUAAUAAUUUCACUUACAUUGGAUUUGAAUAUUUGGUGCGUACCAAAUUCAAACGUCGUUUGUUGUAUCUUUCUCUCAAUGACAACAUUAGUAAUAACGGAACCAUUCAUUUUGACAAUGGUAAUUAUAUUACUGUAAAAAGACUCAAUGUUCGUGAUGCAGGUAUAGAUUAUAAGGGAGUAAUUUCAAUUCUCCAAAACUGUGUCAUAGAAGAAUUAUGCAUAAGGAAACCACAUAAAAUGUUUCUUGGAUUACUGAUGAUUAAAAAGCUUUCGAAGAAGAAACAGGUGAAGAUAAUAAUGUAA